GACAGUGACAGGGGAACACACGACACAAGGCUACCUUCCCCUCCGCUCCAACUCCAAUCGCGCGCCGCACAGCCGCCGCCGACCUCGCCGUCGGUAAUGGCGUGGCUCGCGCGCUCCAUCGCCAACUCCCUCCUCGCUACCGUGGACGAACCCGAAGCAAGCGACCCGGGGCCCUCGGCCUCCCCGGGGUCAUCCUCUCCCCCUCGCGGCGUCCGCGAGGACCUCUCCGAGCUCACCGGCGCGCUCGCGAACCGCUUCCAGGGCCUCGCCUCCUUCCUCGCGCCCGCGCCCGCGCCCGCGCCCGAUGGAGGCGGAGGCGCCCUGCGCCGGCCGGACCCGGCCGAGAUCGCGGGCCGGUUCCGCGCCGGCCUCGCGCGGCUCCCGGGCCGCCAGGCCGUAGCGGAUCUCGCCAAGAUCGCGUCCUCGCUGCUGCCCCCUGAGGGCGACGCGGACUGGGCGGAGGCAGCAGCGGGGGUCACCGAAGAGGUGGUCGCGUUCGCGCGGGACGCGGCCUCGCGGCCCGAGCUCUGGCUCGACUUCCCCCUUCUCCCCGACGACGCCGACUCCGAUGAUUUUGACAUGACUGAUGCGCAGCAAGAUCAUGCACUGGCCGUGGAAAGCUUGGCGCCAGAGCUGGCUGAUCUGAGGAUCGAACUCUGCCCCAGCCACAUGAGCGAGGGCUGCUUCUGGAAGGUAUACUUCGUGCUGCUGCAUCCUCAGCUCAGGAAGGAUGAUGCUGAGAUUUUAUCCACUCCACAGAUUUUGGAAGCUAGAGACAAGUUGUCACACGAUUUGCAGUACCGGACGAAGUUACAAGGCAGCUAUGGAGACACCAUACAUGUGCCUUUCAGCAAUGAAGAUGGUGUUUUAGGUUCUCCUGUAGGUGUUUUGGGUGUAUUAAAGGGCCAAGAUGACUCCGCGAUGCUGACAUCUUUUAGCAACAUACACUAUGGCAAGCCACAACCAAUCAACCAGGAUAUUCUAUCAAAUGAUACAAUCAGCGAGACCAGAGCUGUUCCUUCAGAUAAUAUCAGCAGCAGUGUACCUGUACAGCUUUUGCCCAUAUUGAAAGACACUACCGUGGUCACACUAUCUAGGAUGGAAGAAAGCACGCACAAUCUCUCUACAGAAGAUGCAGCAAAAGAAGAACAGAGUGCGCAAAUGUAUGAGAUACCAUUGACGGACAACUCUGCCCCUAAAGAUGAUGAACAGAAACAGCCACUGGCUGACAUCAGUGAGCAAUCAAGAGUUGACAUUCAGAAAACUGAUAAUGUUGAGGAUGGCGACAUCGAAGAUGACGACGGGGAUGAAUGGCUCGAAGAGGAGACAGGUGACCCAGGAGACACAAAAAUUCCAAUAGCACAUGAUGAAGAUGUAUCUUUCAGUGAUCUGGAGGAAGAUGAUGAUGCAGCCUGACAUCACUAGCAGGCUUGAUCAUACAGCUUAAUCUGUUCUUCCUAUGCCAUUAUACGAUUCGAUACAAUUGUCUUGGUUGAUGUCCAAUAUGUGGUCUCAUGGGGAUUUUGUGAUUCACUCCCACUGUUUCAGAAUUUGCGUCGAUCACUUCUGUCUGUUCCUAGUGAAAAUCAUGGGUUUCCACGAGUCCUCCCUUUUCACUUUUCAGGCUGGAAAUUACUGCUCCAAGCAUGCAGUAUUAGUGAAAGUUGUAGUGUGUACAGUGUCUAGGUUGUUUGAUGGUUUGACUCAGUGCUCUGAUUUCUCCAACAUGUACCCCUGAACAAUGCUGGUGAGGACCAAUUUGACUAUGUUAUAGUGGGGGCAAGUAUUCCAGCUCA